UGACUGCUGCCAAGACCCAAAAGUUGUCCAGGUGUUCUUUCGAGGGCUUGUGCCGGGGGUCCAGGGCCGCAUUGGCAACACCGCACACGGACUGCCCAACCCAACUUUGGCUUUGUGCUACAAAGACACUGGUGCCAACUGCGGCACUCCUUUUUAUUUUACAAUCCUCCUUGUUGUUGUUGUUGUUGUUGUUGCGCGCCUUCGUCACACCUCCGUGGCACGUCUAGACUCUCUAGACUCGAGAGCGCGCCAUGUUCGACGUUAACUGGAGGGGGCUCCUGCUCCCUCUGGCCUAUCUGGCCGUGUUGGUCGGCACCUUCAUGACCUUCUCUACAGUCUACCGCAAGAGGAAAGCGGUCCGGAGCGCAAACCUCGCGCCAUGGUUUGGUCCACACUUACAGCGCAACAUCUACCUGUCGCUGCUACACAUGGAGCCCGAGGAAGGGUCCGAAAAGGCACCCAAGGUGCCCGAUAGCGUCAUCAGGGCAGCCCUUCUGCGCCGUGCCGUCGAGGACAUCCACCGCAUCAUCCAGAUCCGCACUGCCAAGGCGGCCUGCAGUUCGUUGCUGCAGCGCGGGAGCGUGGGGGACGACCUGUGGCAGCGGUUUCAGCGCGCCGAGAAGGAAAUGGAGGACGAGCUGCGGGACGUCGUGAUGGAGGCCAAUGCGCUCGUUCCGGGAUGGGGCCAGGUCAUCUUCCAGUCCGCCAACGAGAUCGCCGCCAACAAACUUCUGCGCGACCGCCUCGACGAGAUCGAGGCACGGACGGAACAGGACAAGGAAUGGUGGGAGAAGCGGCGGGCCAGCAUCAAGCAGGACUUCAUGAAGGAGCUGGACGCCGAGUCGGAGAAGGCACAGGCCAAGGCCGGGAGCGAAGACGAGCCCGUCCUGGUCGACACCGAUACACCGUCGGCCACCCCGUCAGGGGCUUCCAAGAAGAAAAAGGGGAAGAAAUAGUACGCCCGGCGGGCUGCCGAGGAGAGAGAGCGCGAGAGUUGGGUGUCUUCGGCAUUGGUGUUGUAUAGUAAAAGGGGUUUCGUUUCGCGGUUGUCUUGGGCCGUUCUACGCAUAUAGUGGCAUGGCGUUUGGGAUGAUAAAUCGGUUUUGCCUUAGCAUCUGCUAUCUCUUCUGCGGUGGGAUAUCCAGACGCUGACUGCUUGCUCGUGGAUGAGCGGAAGAGGCCGGGGGGCACUGGGCCGUGUCAGAGGAUAGCAGUGGAAGGAGUAUCAUGCUUGUGCACCCCUUCCGUAUAAAUCAGUUCAUAGCCUGUCCGUGCAGGAAAUAUCCAAGCGUGAGUUAACCUUGAUCCCCUACUCCUUCUCUACGAGACAGUAAUCGCUGAUUUUCCCCUUGACAAUGCC